AGGAAGGCGUACACGAUGUACGGACAUUGUAUCUGACCUGGGCACGGUCAGUAAAGGAGGCGUAAAGACACAUAACAGAUGUUAAAGUGACGCUAACAACGUGCACUUUGAGACUUUUACUCUCAUGUGUCUUUUGGCUCCAUUUGAGCUGAAGCUUAGAUCCGGAAAAUCCGGAUUCCUGGACUAAUACACCCCCUACUGCAGUCCUGUGAAGGCACCACCAGGAUGGACACGGCUCCAGGAUAAAGUAAAUCAUGUGUUUGUCUGUUUAUUUGUCGCUGUUGCUGCUGGUGUCCUGUCACCAGCAGCAACAGGUCACCUCGGACCCCCAUGUCCUCAGGAACCAGUCUGCAAACACCACAGCAGCCACGAUGUUUCAUAACAACAACAACGAUGAGUGCGACAGUGUGAUGAAACUCAAUGCCACAGACCGCUGUGCAUUUGUGAAGAACACACCAGACUGUAGCAUGGAAGACGGCUUCAUCAACUACCUUUAUGAGGCCUUCUGCCUGCUUCCCCCCAACCUCACACCUCUCACCAUCACUCUCUGCAUCAUAUGGCUGCUCUUCUUGUUCGUCAUUCUUGGACUCACAGCAUCUAAAUUUUUUUGUCCCAACCUGUCCGCCAUCUCUACCUGUCUACACCUCACUCACAACGUGGCUGGCGUGACAUUUCUGGCUCUUGGUAAUGGAGCUCCUGACAUCUUCAGUGCCAUCGCAGCUUUCUCCCACCCACACACUGCUGGGCUGGCUGUUGGAGCUUUAUUCGGAGCUGGUAUAUUUGUUACCACAGUAGUUGCAGGCAGUGUGGCGCUGGUCAAGCCUUUCGCCGUAGCCUCUCGUCCAUUUCUGCGUGAUGUUUCCUUCUACAUGGUGGCAGUGUUUUGGACUUUCCUCAUGUUGUACAGAGGAACCACGACACUAAGCGAAACAUUUGGGUACCUGGCCCUGUAUGUGGUGUAUGUAGUAACUGUAAUAAUCAGUGCGUACAUCUACAACCGUCAGAAACAUUCAGUGAACUCAGAUGUCAGGAACAUUGCACAGAUCCCAGCAGAGUUUCACUCAUCCGACUCGUCUGAUGAUGACGUUCCCUGCCUGAAUAGUGGAGCCAUCCAACAGGAGUAUGAGUCAGAGUACAGGCCACUGCUGCCUUACUCUGAGUCCACGAGUCAGAUACUGCUGAGCUCUCUGAACCCGGUGGACAACAGGAAGUGGAGGAGGAAAUCAUGGAGUUGGAGAGUGCUCAAAGUAGUGAAGACACCAGUAGAGGUCCUGCUGCUGCUCUGUAUCCCUGUGGUUGACCCUGAUAAAGAAGACAAGAACUGGAGACGCCCACUGAACUGCUUUCAUCUGAUCUCUUCUCCUCUGGUGUGUGUGUUUGCCUUCCAGUCUGGAAAAUAUGGAGAUCAUAUGAUCCAAGAACAGUUUCCCCUCUGGCUGCUGACACUUCUACUAGGAUUUUUCCUGUCUGCUAUUGUCUUCUGCACCACCACUAAUGACCGCCCUCCCAAAUAUCACCCACUCUUUGCUCUUUUGGGCUUCAUUGUGAGUGCAGUGUUGAUCAGUGCAGCUGCCUCUGAAGUGGUCAGUCUUCUGCACAUGCUCGGUGUGGUGCUGAGUCUCAGCAACACUGUGCUGGGUCUGACUCUGUUGGCCUGGGGCAACAGCAUAGGAGACUGUUUUUCUGACAUCACCAUCGCCCGGCAGGGUUACCCACGGAUGGCCAUAUCUGCCUGCUUUGGAGGCAUCAUUUUCAACAUGCUGUUUGGAGUGGGUUUAGGGUGUCUGGUACAGAUGCUUACAACAAAGUCUGAUGUGCAGUUUGAAGAAGCGGGUCUGUUGACGUGGAUUCUUGCAGGGGCCCUUGGUUUGUCUUUGGUCCUGUCCUUCAUCUUUGUUCCACUGAGCCGGUUCCACUUGGGUCGGGCCUAUGGGAUCUUUCUAAUCAUCUUCUACUGCAUCUUCCUUCUCAUUGCAUUGCUUACAGAGUUUGGCACGAUCCACUAGUGUGUAGAUCUGACUCUGAGGCCAGUCUGAAAUGAGGAACGUCCUCUUGUAAAUGCACAAGGACACACUGGAACAGAGGCUGCUGAUGCUGAAGUACAUCCUCUUCUCUAAUAUAAUAUUAAUGCACUAUUUAUACAAGAAUGAACAUUUUGUGCAUUUGCCUACUACCCAGGACUGCUACUGGUUAGUGAAACCAAGCAGGCAAAUUACUGACAAAGACUUCUCUGCUCAGGGAGAGCUGAAACUAAUCAUCACACUGUGCCUUUAUUGAACUUCAUAUUGUGCUGACUGGAGCUUUGAGGGCACUUUGGGAAUCCAGAAAAGGAAAGGAAACACAGGUUUUUAAAAAUGUGUACUUUUUAAAUGAACUAAAUGUACUGUAAAUCAAAAUGACCCUAUACAAAGCUGCUUCUGGGGAAAUUAAAUAAUUUUGAUUUGUUUUUACA